GAAACAAAUGUUUACAUUCACUCAGUGACGAGUAUCCUGUCUAAGCUCACCAUCUGUCAGAGCCACACAUGGACACGCAGAGUCCCAGGCUGGCAGGAGAAGUGGUCGUGGUCGCUGGGACAGCCCUCCAAAAUGGAUUCUCAAGGUAGGAGAGUUCCUUAUGGCAUGUAGGCACAUGAUGGGAUGCCGGUAACGUAUCACACUGGUGAGGAAUGUCUGCCAUGCUUUCUCCUCCAACCAAGUCCAAAGGGAUCCUUAUCAUUUGCGGAUGUGACUGUGGGCUUUACCCAGGAGGAGUGGCAGCACCUGGACCCUGCUCAGAGGACCCUGUACAGGGAGGUGAUGCUGGAGAACUAUAGCCACCUUGUCUCAGUGGGGUGUUGCAUCCCUAAACCAGACGUGAUCCUGAAGUUGGAGCAAGGAGAGCAGCCAUGGAUGCUAGAGGAAGAGUCCCCACGUCAGAGCUACCCAGAAGCACUAAGGGAAGUGAGCAAGACGAGCUUCGUUCUAUGACACUAGUGGAUAUCUGAAAUCCCAAAUCAGUACAGGUGUACCUGCAGCAGAGCUGAUGACGG